AUGAGUUAUUAAAAAAUAGAAGGAGCUGAGGAGAUUGAUGAGUUUAAUAUUGUACAAGUGAAGAAAAAAAUAAAGAAGCCAAAAUAAAUAGUUGCAUAGCCUAAGGUGACAUAACCUGUACCUGUAUAAUCUUCUGAGACGGUAGGUCCUGAUGCUUCAAAACCAUAAUAAACAUUAUUGGAUAUUAUUUUGGACAAUCUACCUUAGAGUGAAUUAUAUGAAAGGUCUUUGAUGCAUAGAGAAAAUAUCAACAUUUGUCUACAGAUGGACAUAUUAAAAUGUGGAGAAAAGUGUUUAGAUUGGUUGAAUUCAUUAAGCACUUUAGAGCACACACUGGAAUAGUUCACUUGUGCAACAUUGUCUGAUGGACAUGACAAGAUGGCAAGUGUGUCUCCUGCUGAUCGAACAAUCAAGAUUUUUGAUAUAUUGAACUAAGAUUUAUUGGAUAUGAUAAAACUUCCAUUUCAACCAUAUGGAUGUGAGUUUGUAGACACAGCGGAUGUUCAAUAAUAGUUAUUAUUAAUCAGUGAUGGUAAUAGUGGGGAUAUUUAUGUUACUGAAAGUGGUAAAAUAUUGCGAAUGGUAAAAAUGCAUACUCAACCUGUUAAACAAAUGAAAUAUCUGAGUCAUUUUCAAUUCAUGUUAACAAUCGAUACAACUGGUAGAAUGGAAGUCUGGGAUCCCAUUACUUAAGACUUUCCAAAAUAAGCAUAUGCUAAACCUUAAUUCAAGAUUCAAUACUCAAGUAAAUUGGGCACUGAUCUAUAUGAACUGAUGCAGCAUAAAUUAUAAUGUUUUGGAUUAUGUGUGAGUAACAAACAGAAACUAAUUGUCUUGUAUGUUUCAGACAAGAAAUUAAGAGUAUUUAAUAUUCAAACAGGAAAGAUUAUUCUAGUAUUGGAUGAGUCGAUCGAAGCUAUUACAAAUAGAUAAAAUGAUCAAGCAACCUAUCCCAUAUUACACAUUGAAUAAUAAGAUUUUGAAAGAAGACUGCUAAUUGAAAAGGACAUCGAUAAAUAGCCUGAAUAAUUAAAAUAAAUUACUAUGACCUUUGAUGAGACCGAUUCAAUAUUGAUAUACCCUACUUUUAUUGGAAUCAAGUUCAUCCACAUCUAGACAGGGGAGCUGGUGAAACUUUUAGGGAAGAUGGAAAGUAGUUCAAGAUUCAUGCGUGUUGCAUUGUAUCAAGGACCUGCAAUGAAGAAUACUUAAAAUGAAUAGUCUCAUAGUUCAUUAAACAGAAAAGAAACUGAUCCAUCUUUGUAUAUAAGUGCUCAUAAAUCUAACAAAUUCUAUGUGUUCUCUCGUAGAAUCCCAGAAGAUUUGGCAGAUAAACCAUGGGCUGUAGCCAGAGACGUAUUGAAUGAGCCCUUGAAUAUGAUUCAGCAAAGCAUUAGUGUCAUGUCUGACAAUAAAAAUAAAACCUUAUCUGGUUGCUAAGCUAUCAUUUAGACGACGUUUGGUGAAAUCUAUAUCAAUUUAUUUCCAAAUGAAACACCUAAGACAGUUGAAAAUUUUAUCUAGCACUCUAAAAAUGGGUAUUACGAUGGUUUGAUCUUCCAUCGAGUUUAAUAAGGAUUUAUGAUACAGACUGGUUGUCCGAAAGGAAAUGGAACUGGAGGAGAAUCCAUUUGGGGAGGGGAAUUCUAAGAUGAAUUUCAUCCAGAAUUAAGACAUGACAAACCAUUUACAGUUAGUAUGGCCAAUGCAGGUCCUAAUUCCAAUACGAGUUAAUUUUUCAUAACUGUUUGUCCUACUCCUUGGUUGGAUGAUAAACAUACAAUUUUCGGCAGAGUGUAUAAAGGAAUGAAUAUUGUAGUUUAGAUUAGUGAAGUAGAAACUGAUGAUUUCGAUAAACCACUUAAUGAUAUAAAAAUAAUAGCUAUAAAGAUUUUAUGA